AUGGGUUCGUGUAAACUGCUACCGGUUUUACUGACGUGCGUGGUGGUGGCCAUGAGCCUGAAUCCCGGCGGCUGGCUGGAUCGCGUUGUCCAGUAUUACAAGACCAAGUUCUAUAAUGAACUUGAGAAAUUAGCUCCUAUUAAUAUACACGCCGCGAUCCACGAGAAGCCUCCAGGAUAUGUGGACUCCCAGGAAUGGGACUACGAGUCUGUCAUACGCUUGCUGACUCUCAUACGUACCAGCGAGAACGCGAAGCCGGUCAGGACGGUGCUGCGGCGCAUGCUGCAGCCUACCAGACGCAUCAUGAUGUCCAUGAAGGAAAGCAUGCAUAGGUUCCCUAGCCUCAUGAAAGACACCAACAAUUUCUACUACGACGUGGAGUACACUGACGACGAAGAGGAAAUUCCUUCUCCUCCCCUCCACGAGGAUCAGAUGGUAAUUGCCGUGUCCAACCCUGUGGAAGCAAGGCUACCUUCCGCCAAGAUCAGCGUCCAACUGCUCAGAGACAUAUUGGUGGCCAGGGCCCAGGCAGCGAAGCAAAUGCCACCUACAGCGCGAUCUAUCAUACCUUGGAUACCGAUGAACACGACAUUCGCUAUAAUUGGCCACGUGGGGGGUGGAGGGAAUGAUUCGGCGGCAGGAGGCGGCAACGAGACCGGAGGUGGCGGGGGAGGUGAUGGAGGCAAAGAGGAUGGGGCGUCAGGCAAUGGCACCGGGGGCAAUGACACCGGCACAGUAGCCGAUGACUCAGGACAAGAGUCAACCAAGGCAGCGGGAUCGUAAACGUUUGCCACA